ACCUACGACUACAUCAUCGUGGGGGCGGGGGCCGCCGGUUGCGUCCUCGCCAACCGCCUCUCCGAAAACUCCCACCACAAAGUCCUCCUCCUCGAAGCAGGCGGCUCGGAGAACGUCGUCACCGACAACCCCCAGUCGAUCUUCAUGCUCCAGCAGACGCCCAUCGACUGGCAGUUCCGCACCACGCCCCAAAAGCACUCCUGCUUCGGCCUGGUGGACCGGAGAAUGGCCUGGCCCAGAGGGAAGGUCCUCGGCGGCACCUCCACCAUCAACUACAUGCUCUACGUCCGCGGAAACCGCUUCGACUUUGACAACUGGGCACUCAAUCACGGCGCCCUCGGCUGGUCCUACGAGGAAGUUCUGCCGUACUUUAUGAAAGCGGAAGAUAACCGGGACCCAGACAUUGCCUUCAACGGCUUCCACGGGCGAGGAGGUCCUCUGACGGUCCAACGGUCCACCUGGAUUGGCCAGCUGGCCAAGGCCUUCCUCCUGUCAGUUCAACAGCUGGGUCACCGCGUGCUGGACUUUAACGGCGCCUCGCAGCUCGGCUUUGCCAUACCGCAGUCGACGAUGAGGCGAGGUGGGCGGUGUUCCGCCGCAAAGGCCUACCUGAACAGCAUUCGAGGGAGAGAUAAUCUUCAUGUGCUGACCUACGCCUUUGUGACGAGGAUUCUUUUUAAGAAUGGGAAUUAUGGGAAGGGGGGCGUUCCCGAAGCCACCGGCGUCACCUUUGACCGUUUUGGAGAACGACAUAACGUCUACGCCCACAAGGAAGUGAUCAUCUCUGCGGGCGCCAUCAAGUCGCCCCAUCUGCUGAUGCUUUCCGGAAUCGGGCCAAGACGGGAGCUGGAACGCUUUGGAAUUCCCGUCCUGGCGGACCUUCCGGUGGGCCGGAAUCUUCAAGACCAUCAGAUGAUCCGCCCGUACAUGCGGUGUCUGGCGCAGAUGCUGACCGCCUCGCUGAACCACUCGGCGGGCACCUGCAAAAUGGGCCCAAUUGGUGACCGUCGAACGGUAGUUGACCCGCAGUUGAGGGUGAAAGGCGUGAGGAGGUUGCGGGUGGUCGAUGGGUCGAUUAUGCCAGCCAUCACUAGUGGGAAUACCAAUGCGCCGGUGAAUAUGAUCGCAGAGAAGGCGGCUGAUCUGAUCAAGGCUGGAGAUCAA